AUGGCCGAAUUCAAAGUCCCGCAAACUAUCCCUCAAGACCUUCUUUUGAUUCAAGAGAUUGUUGGACCUGUUGAAAAACCUGCUGUAGUCGAACCACGGAAGGAGGAAGAGUCUUCGAGCAGGGAUUCGGAUUCAGAUGAUGAUAUCUCGAGUUCGGGGGCGUCUUCGUCAGAGGCUGAGGAUGGCAAUCAGAGCGAGGAAGAAGUUGCGAAAGGAUUAGUGGCUGUGGGGGAUGAUUCUGAACCUGCCAGUGCCAAAGAGUCCGCGUCAGAACCAUCAGACUCCUCCUCCGAGUCCAGUUCCGAUUCAGAGUCUGAAUCGGACGGAAAAGAAGUCGGGAAAGACUCUAAAGAACCUCUGGAGGAUCUAGACGACGAAGACCCCGUCCCAAGUACAGCGACUGGCUCCUACUUUCAUACCAAAAACGAAAUUGUCGAUGCGGAUGUUACGGUUCCCGAGAUCGACGAAGUAGGGCCGGAUGAGAGGUUGGAAAAGGUCGGGGUGGUGAUGAGCAUUGUCAACCAGAUUGCAAUUGUACGCGGUCUGCCCUCUGAGCAACUGAACAAAGGUGCUCAGACAGCGCUUGACUCUGAGACGUUGCUCGUUUUUGACGAUAGGAAGGUUAUGGGUUAUAUAUACGAAACGUUCGGACCUACAUCUCAACCCCUCUAUCAAGUCAAGUUCAACAGCAAGUACCCACUAAAUCCGGAGCGGGUGAAGGUGGAUAGGGAGGUCUUCGCCGUUCCUGACAAGACCAACUUUGUCUUCGUGGAGAAGAUUAAAGCUUUCAAGGGAAGUGACGCGAGUAAUGUGUACGACGAAGAACCGGCGGACGACGAGCUUGAGUUUUCGGAUGAUGAAGCCGAAGCUGCGUAUCGAAGUCGGUUGAAGCGCAAGCGUGCGGAAUCACGUUCAAGGUCGAUGGUUCCAGGCUCGAGAGAAGGGACGCCGAAUCCAUCUCAUAUGCGAGACCAUCAAUUGGUCGAUGGAAAUGCUUUCUCUGAGCAUGGUCCUUACGACCUCAACUACUCGGAAGCUGGCCCAUCUCGCCCUCGUCCAGCAGCUUACGACGACCCGUAUGCCAACCCAUACGAUGCUGAAGGCGCGACGUCGCAAUCCCAGCCUUGGAGCCACGCCAACGACGACCUUCGACCUAUCCGAGGUCGAGGUAGGGGAAGAGGGAGAGGUCAAUCUGGACGCGGGCACGGCCGAGGUGGGCAUGGAAGGACACCAUCCUUCAACAACCCACAACAGCAACAGUCAUGGGAGCAGAAUAUGGGGCAUGCCAUGUCGGAACCAUAUGAUCCCCAUUCUGGGUUGACUAUGCCUCAGCAGCCGCAGCAAUUUACCGCACCGAAUAUGUACCCUUUCAAUCCGGGUAUGGGACCGCAACAGCAUGGUGGUAUGAACCCCGCUUGGACUGCUGGUGGAGGAGGGUAUCCUCAGCCCAACCCGAUGAUGCAGCGUGGAUUCGGAUUUGACGUCUUCCAGCAGCAAGCUGCGAUGGGUAUGAUGCCCUUUGUGCAGCCCCAUAUCAACCCGAGGUUUGCUGGAAGUUUCGCUGGUGGGUUCCCCGGGGCGUUCCAGCAGCAGCAACAGCAACAACCACCGAAUGCGGAACAUGGAGGCCAGCAGUAUCCUCCACAGAAUGGGGAUAAUACGCAGCAAUGGCCUUCCCAGUAG